AUGUCAUUGCUGCUGGAAUAUUUAAAUCAGAAAGAUUAUGAAUAUUACUUGAGAGUAGGUUAUGCAGAUUCCUGUGUAUCUACAAUGGUCAAAAUUGAAUCUGAUUUUCGAGUAGAGAAUAUGUUGACUAUUGUGCAAAGUCUGCGUGGUUUGCACUUCUACAAGCAGAGUAAAGUGAUAAUGCAUGAACCAGCAGUGAUAAGAGCACUACAAGCUCAAGAUAUUCGAUGCUCAUUCGAUAAUAUGCAUCCGGUUUUAAUUGGUUUAGAUCUGAAUGUUACUAUUAUUGUAAAUUUCGACAGUACAACAAACCGUAAGAUCUACAGGAAUUCGAUGGAUCCAAGUGGUACUUAUGCAUUCUAUACAGUUCCUGAAAAGAAUAAACAACAAUCCGUAUAUCAGAUGAAAGUGGACUACCCGAAUUUUACUCUCGAUGCACAAAAGACGUCUCAGGAUAAAGCAAAAAUAUUUGCUGUAAAUCAAGAUGACCGAAUACUUCCAGUAGAUAGAAAUGCCCUAAUCGUAUGGAAGUUUGCAGGAGAGAAAAGGUAG